UAGUCAUUGUUUGUCUUUAGAAUACAUAAAAGGAACAAAGGAAGUUAAGUGAACUGAUAGAAUCACCCGUCACUACGCUUGUAGAUGAAGCUAUAUUUGUUGGACAUCCUGCUGGACUCAUUUGCAGGAUCUGAGUUAUUUGAAACUUUUUUGAAAGCCUCCAAUGCAGUUAUUAAAACCUUACUUCCAAGAACAGACUAACUUUGCAGAUGCUGCUGAACAUCUCAGAUUAUUCAUUUGAAACCGAAACAAAAUCUCUGUGGUGUUUCGUACUUUAAUGGUAAAAACUGAUUUGGACAAUUGAAUUCUAAGGUAAGCUAUUUUGAUUGUGCUUGUCAAUUUAUUGCUUGCUGCAAAGACCUCAAUCUUCUAACUGUAUCAAAUUCCAAAAUGAAUACACCACCUAGGAAGAACUCCAAAACUUUGGUACAUUCUCUGGCCAAGGUGUUUGACUCUAACCCCAUUCAGAGCCAAGGACCACCAGUGAUAAUGGGAUCCUUCAGAAAAUGUUCAGAGAGCAGUCGAACCAUAUCUGUGGAUAGUUUCAGCGCAAUGGAUAUUAAACUGGAGUCUUUAAGUCAAACUGUUGAUAAAAUACUAGGUGUGCAAGAAAAUGUUGUUCAGAAGCUGAAUGGCAUAUCUCAAGAUGUAGUAAGGAUUGGAAAAGACAUUGAAAUGUUGAAGGCUGACAAAGAAAGAAAGAAACAAAGCACCAUCUGUCAAGGAGAAGAAAAUAAAACUGCAAGCACUUCUGGGGAAAUUUCUGACUUGCUGUCAACACUGAAUCAGAAUUCAAAGGAACAAAAUACAAAAAUUGAUGGAAUUGAAAAUGUUCUUUUUGGAAUGCAGCAAGUUAUUAACUAUUUAGGAGAGACAUUUAAAAAUUCAAGAAUAGCAGAAUUUAUUCUCAAAGGCCAAGUAACUUCAAAGCAACGAAGUACUGUGGGCAGUGAUGGGCAGAAGAUUUCUAAGAAGAGAAUUACCUCAGAAAAAGUAGUGCUAAGAAGGAAAAAAGUAAAGGUGAAGGAUCACAGAGCCAAUGAGGUGAAAGGAAAGCAAGCUAUAAAUGCUAAAGAAGUAAAGUCAUCUCCGAAAAACAAAUGCCCAGAAUUCACAGUAGAGAAACUUCAGAAGAGUCUCCAUACUUUUGGUGAUUCAAAAGUCCAGAACUUAAAUAAAGAAAAUGCUCACAGCUCCUUUGAAGCUCAGCAUGAGGUGAAAGAUCUGGCAGAACAGAACAAUGUAACUAAAUUAAAAGGAAACACAUCGAAGGAAGAUGCUGGAGACUUUGAACUCCAGUCUAGUAGGCUGGCAGAGGGCAUUCCCACAGCCGUUACUCCAGAGUUUCCUGAUGCCACUUUGGACAUUUACGCCAGUGAUGAAACCAAAUGUGAAGAUCCUGUUGCAGAAGAACAAUUUGAAUUAAAGGUUGUAGAAACCUCUGACACUAUAUUGAACCAGUCGAGUAGCGACAGGCAAAAUGAUGGCAGGACAGAAAGGAACAAUGAAAUGCAUGAGAAAAUAAAAAAUGUUGAAAUACAGGGAAAAAUACAAGCAGAGAAGGAUAGUAAUGAAUAUCAUGUAAAAGAGUUAAUGAAAGAAGCAGUGCCCACAGGAGGAGAGGACUAUCUAAUAGAGAAGGAGAAUGAGGAAACAGGAAAAACACAUUUAAAAGCUGAAGAAACAAAUGAUGCAGAAAAGGACACAGGAUUUGAAAGCACUGACUCAGCUAUGACAAUCACUAAGGAAUCCAAAGAAAAAAGUUGCGCAGAAGAAUCGGGCAUUGAUCAGCAACCAGUUCUACUUCACAGAUGUGGAGAGAACGAAAGAGAAGCCAGUUCUUUGCUACCAGCAGCAGCAGAACCUGAAGGAGAAAUAUCUGAUAAUAUUGAACAACAGAAAGACAAGGAUCUGAGCACUUCCAGUAAAAAGGGAACCAGGGAAGACCUGGUGAAAGAUGACAGCAAAAAGAGCAGAGUAGAGAAAAAAGUCUGCAGCCAGGAGAGCACAUCAGAGCCUACCCUAAGUCAAGAUACAACAACGUCCGCUGCCAAACAGCAAGGAAAUAAUCUGGUGGUACAAAAAACUGAAGAGAGGGGCCACAUCGUGAUUGAUGAUGGCCCUGCUCCACCAGCUCCAUUUGAACAUCGGAUUGUCUCAACCAAUGCAGCGCAGAUCAGCAAUUACUAUACAAUACAGAAAUCUGAAGUCCUUGGAGGGGGACGAUUUGGACAAGUACACAAAUGCAUUGAAAAGGCUACAGGCCUCACCUUGGCAGCCAAGAUUAUUAAAACUAGAGCAGCUAAGCAGAAGGAGGAAGUUAAGAAUGAGAUCCAAGUCAUGAAUCAACUGAAUCAUACAAAUCUCAUCCAGCUGUAUGAUGCUUUUGAAACAAAGAAUGAUAUCAUUCUGAUCAUGGAAUAUAUUGAAGGUGGCGAACUAUUUGACAGGAUCAUAGAUGAAAACUACAAUUUAACCGAAAUGGACACAAUCUUAUUUGUAAAGCAGAUUUGUGAAGGACUUCAAUAUAUGCAUCAGAUGUACAUCCUUCACCUGGACCUGAAGCCUGAGAACAUUUUGUGUGUUAACCGGGAAGCUAAUCAAGUAAAGAUAAUCGACUUUGGCUUGGCAAGAAGAUACAAACCAAGAGAAAAACUAAAAAUAAACUUUGGAACUCCAGAAUUUCUUGCACCUGAAGUUGUGAAUUAUGACUUUGUAUCAUUUCCUACCGAUAUGUGGAGUCUUGGAGUAAUUGCCUAUAUGUUACUCAGUGGACUCUCUCCAUUCCUCGGGGAAGAUGACAAUGAAACCCUAAAUAACAUUAUUGUCUGUAAGUGGGACUUGGAUGAUGAAGAAUUUGAAAAUGUUUCUGAAGAUGCCAAAGAAUUCAUAUCAAAACUCCUCAUCAAAGAAAAGGGCGCAAGAAUAAGUGCUGCUCAGUGUCUAAAACAACCCUGGCUAAAUAACAUUGCAGAGAAAGCUAAACAAUGUAAGGUUCGUCUCAAGUCCCAGAUCCUUCUUCAGAAAUACAUGGUGCGACGGCUGUGGAAGAAGAAUUACUAUGCAGUAACUGCUGCAAAUCGAUUGAAGAAACUCAGUGAUUCUGGGGCUUUGGGCCCUGCUGAAGUAUGAGCUGCCACUGACUGGACCUACUGCACCUUCCCUUUUCAGUCAGGACAUCACCCACUGGAUUUGCCUCAACCUUGUUGAACCACAUUUAGUUAUCCUUUCAGUAGAGCAGUUUAGAUUUAGAAGUAUGUGUUUGGGUAAAAGUAAUAUGAUUCAUGAAAACUUAUGGGCAUCAUUUUGAUUUAUUCAUUCUUAUACCACAAGAGUGGCAGUAUGGUUUGAUUGUAGUUAUUUUAGUAAAACUCAUUAUAUUAAUUUUGCUGCAAUUUUUAUGCAAUUAAGCUUUGAUUUGUUAAUGAUGUGUAAUUAUCAUUUUAAUGCAUCCCAAAACUAAGUGCUAGGGACAGCAAAUACCCCCAACACUGCUAGUUUUCAUAUCCUUUGCAAUGAAAUGCCAGGUUGGAGAAACUGAAUUAAAUAAGGUAAUUCAGAUCUUUUAAUGUUUUUGUCUUAAAUCGCUGCAGAUCUAAAACAAAACUUCAGUCAAAAGAAUGUAAGGGAAGUUUUUUUUAAGUAUAUUUUCAAAGGUCUAAUUGGUUCUGAUCUGGCACAGAACGUCUGCCUCUACUUGAACCUAAUAACACUGGUGUACUGCCACCCUCUUGUGGCAUCUCUUUAGUUUCACCUUUUACAGAUUUACAGUUCCUUGAACUGGACAUUUUACAAAUGCCUGGGUGCUCAAGCUCUUUACCAGAGAGUUGAAUGGAACAUUGUGAUUUUUAAAUUUGUUAUUUUACGAUUAUUUUGCCUCAGUUUUACUGUGACAUUGGCAUUGCAACAAGUUGCCAAACAUCUAGUGUAAUUUGUCAUCUUGUUUCAUUGAGUUUUUGCAUUGCUUAGGCCUGUUAUGACCCAUAUUUAAACCUCAGAUUCUUGACUUAAGUACCAACUUAAGAUAGGCAAAUGCAAUGAUUGAAAAGACAAUUGAUUCAAACUUUUAAGUGUAUACUUUUGUCAUAGGUAGUCAAAGUUCAGUCUCUGUGUCAGAAUCCAGAAGUGUGAGAAACUGCUUUUGCUCUCUGCCAUAAGCCCACUCCCCAACACCUCCCCUCCUCUAGCCCCCAUACCUCUCUGACAAUAGCAAGGGAGUGUAACAAAGCUCCAUUAACAUGAUUCUUAAAAGUGCACUAUGAUAUUGGAAUUCCAAACAAACCAAAUUGUCUACACUCUAACCAUUGUGGAUUUUAAAUUUAGCUGAAGUUCUCUGCCUAGAUGCAAUCUAUGGGUGAAUAAUCAUGUUAAUUUAUCUUGACAGAAAGAGGGGCUGUUCAUCAGAUACUACUUUCAGUUAUGCCUGAACAUAAUUAGAAUUUUAAGGGGGAAGAGGAAUGCAGGGUAAUGCUGUGAUUUCCCUUUCUAAGAAAUUGUAAUUCUGUAUUAUUAUAAUUCCACUGCUGCUGACAUUUGGCCAGAUUUAUCCACUAUUUAACAUUGGUUUUCUUUGUAGUGUGUCAUUGUUUUUCUGUUGGACAGUGGUAGUGUUAAAACGCCGUACCCUUGAAAUUAUUGCUCACAUUAAGUCUACUGAACAGAGGCAGAGGUGACCCCAUGGAAAAUGAUCAGACGAUAGACAGUGAGAUAAUGAGACCAGACUCAGAGGGAAAAGGCAGAGAUCCUAAGGAAACCCCUGAAGAGAAAAGUUCGAAGGCACAAGAAAUUACAAUUAAUUUUGAACGAAAUGGGACGAUAAAACAUUUUUUAAAAUUACUUUCUUUGCGAUUGGAUAGCCAACAAAACCAACAUUUACAACCAAGAGAAAAUCUGCAGAUGCUGGAAAUCCGAGCAACACACACAAAAUGCUGAGUUCCAGCAUCUUGUGUGUGUUGCAAGGCCAAUAUUUAUUGAUUAUCAUUAAUUGCUCUUAAUUUGCAUAACUUGCUAGGUUAUUUCAGUGGACAUUUAAGAGUCAACCACACUAGAACUGGAGUCAAAUAUAGGACAGACCAGAUAAUGUCCUCCCCUGAAAAAUAUUAAUGAAUGAGAUGAGUUUAAUUUAAGAAAACAAACAAACAUAAAUAAUAAUGUGCAGUAUAACUUAAUAAAGCUUAUGGCCUUUUAAAAAAUAGAUCUUGCAAUUCAAUUGUAUUUCUUACAGGAGAAGUUUUGGACAAUGUGGCAUUCAAAAAGUAUGGCAAAGUCUUAUUUCUGACGGGCUAAUUUAAGUGAAUUGUAUACCUAACUUAAUCACAUCACAGGUAACAACUAAGUUUAAAGACUUGCUUUCACAAAACAUUCUGUUACCCUCAAUUUGCAAAAGAAUUUAUGGUUCCUGUAUCAUAUUUUCUUUCUAAUUUAAACUGAAACAAGCAAAUUAAAUUGUAACAAUGUUUUCAAAGCUACUGAAACAUGAUACAUUGUUAGUGAAGAGCAAUUGGCUUGAAGUAUAAUAUUUCAACGUUCCACUUAAUCUCACUGUGUUUUCACUGAGGAUUAUCUGAUUAUUUUUUGACUCUUGUAAGCCCUAUUGAGUGUGGACAUUAAUACAGUUGUUCAAAUAUUAUCAGUUUACAUUUUCCAAUUUACAGCGUUUUUGAAAUCAUGAAAAUCAAAUUAAUAUUUGGCUGUUUAAGUCCUGAGCAAUUUAGCAAAGUUCAUAUAAAUUGUGAUCACUAGGAGCUAUUAAAUAUAUUUAUUUUAUAAGGUAAAGCAUGAUGUAUGCAUUAUGUAAACUGUGCUAAAGUGACUGCUGUGGUUUAAGAUGAAUAUCUGCAUACAUUAGUAGUAUAUUAGCAAAGUUAGAAUCAUAAUGUCUGUUCAAUAUGAGAAUCUCAGAGUGAACACUGCAUGCUUGUUCUACAAUUUCUGAACAUAUUAAUUAGAUAUGACAGUGAAAAGACUGAGAAUGGAGCUAGAGGUAUCUUAUUACACCAUUCUUAUUAUCCUAUUGGUGUGGAAGCCAAGUCACUAUAUUUAAAGCAGAGGUUCAUAGGUUCUUGAUUAGUCAGGGUGUCAAAGGUUGUGGGGAGAAAGCAGGAGAAUGAGGGUCAAGAAGGAUAAUAAAUUAGCCAUGAUGGAAUGGUAGAGCAGGCUCGAUGGGCCGAAUGGUUGAAUUCUGCUCUGAUGUCUAUGGUCUUAUGGUCUUAUUACAAAGUCUGCUGAAGUUGUUUAAUUGAGGUAAUGUAGAUUUUCGAUAAUAGUUUUAACAUACUCUAAUUUUAAUGAGUUUUAGGAAAAUCAAUCAGAACCAGUGAAAAUGUUUGAUUCUGUGGAACAGAUAAAUGUAGGUUGGCUUAGUGUCAAAGCAGUUGAAAAACUAUGGAUAAGUAUUUUUACAUCAUCUACCUUUUUGCAAUUCUGCAUGAGGAAAUAUGCUGAAGCCAAUUCCUGGUACCAUAUUACAUAAUUUCCUCUAUCACUAUUCAAAAUAUCUUCUAAACAUGAAUUAUGCUGCUUGCCCAAGUUGAGAAACCAGAGAGUGUUGUCUUUACCUUCCCUGAAGGCCUGACUGUCAACAGAUAACUAUCUAGUGUGGCAUGUCACGUUGGAAGUGAAGUCCAUCCAUGAUGUUUUUUGCCAUAGUUGAAAUGCUGAUGGUGUUUAAUAAUUGGCAGUACUGACUGUGCAAUCCCUUUAGGAUGUACUGGUGUUGGGUUUCAAGACCUUUAAAUGUCACUUCAACAUUGACCCUCAUAGUAAUGUGCCCUUUAUAUCUUCAUGCAAGACGGAAUUUGCAAAUGUACGCAUUUUCAGAGCCAUGUGAGCCUUUGCUUUUCUGUGAAUGAGCCAAGCUUUUUACAGUUGUAUGAUUGUUCUAAAUAAAAUUUCUGAUAUUUGUAUGUGAAAUGGUGAUGUUUGCAACCAAAUAGUCCUCCCCCCCGCCAUGAUUAACUAAGACAACAUUCUACAAUGAUUAAAGGAUUUCAUUCCAAAACAUGAUUUUGAAUUCAGUGGGAAAGAGAAAGACCACCGUUUUGCAGAUUUCAGAGAAAGAGUAAAAGGACACACUGUAGUUGUGGAAUUAGAUUUUUGAAGAUUCUCAGAUUCUUGUAAUGAAGAGUCUGACCAACCCUUCCUGACGAAGGGUCUCGGCCCAAAACGUCGACUGUACUUCUUCCUAUAGAUGCUGCCUGGCCUGCUGCGUUCCACCAGCAUUUUGUGUGUGUUGCUUCAGUAAGUGUUUUGUUGUCAUUCUGCCACUAGAGGCCAGUAGUGAAACUCCUAAUAGGGUAAAUAAGAUUUCUUUGCCUAAUUCUCAGCAGUUUUAUCAGACUGGAAAAAAUGGGAACAAUUUGGAAAGCUGUAGUUACUUCUCCCAUUUCUGACUCUGUUCUCCUGCUAGAAUUCUUUUCUCUGGGGCUCUUCCACAAUGAAUUUCCUGUGGGAACCCGCCUGGAAUGUGGGCAUUGGGACACCAGUGUAGAGACUAAGCAAGGUCUGUCCAUUAAAAUUUGGCAUGCAAUAACCUCACCAGCAAUUCUUACAGGGAUCACUGCUAGCUGACCUAAAAUCAGGAAAUCACUUGUUUCUUCCAAAACUUUUGCCCACUGCAGGCUGCCCAUGAACCUUCCUUGGUGAUUGCCUUCCUCCCUUUAACAUGGAGCCUUUGGCUCUGUUGUGCUUUAAGAUGGGUAAAACAUUUCUUCCACUACCAAUCUUCACCAUCAGUGUCCCUCACAACCUGCCUCCCCCACUUCUAUUCAUCCCUACUAUCUCCCAUGGUCCGUGAGCUUUCUCUCACUGGUAGACGGGAACUCACCAGUAUUGUGCUGGCACCUGGUGGAGAAAUUGGCUCAGCCUUUUACCCAGGACUCUGGACAUGUACAUCAAUUUUAAUGCUCACUCCUACCCUAACUAAAGAUGAUGGUGAGUAAGAAAGCCACGUGUUUCCUGUCCUCUGGCUUUCUUAGACCAUAUAUAUAGAAUAAGGUCUGAAAAAUGAAGAAUAUAGGGAAAUAAAGGGAAAGUGAAGUUGAGGUAGAAGAUUAGCCAAGAUGGUGAAAAAGAUUUUAGAAGUCCCAUGGACCGUUCCAACCCUUACUUCCCAUGUUCAAACAAAUACAGACACCAGUAAUCUUUAUCUCCACACUGAAACAGCAGCUGGGAGUGUGCCAGUAACUCUAGGAGCACAUCAUCAUCACUUGACAUCCCAUUAGAGGGAGAAGCCAAGAUUAAGAAGCAUUUAUCGUCAUGAGGCUCCAAGUAUGGGUCAUUCUGCGAAUUUCUAUGUUUUGAGACAUGCUCUUCCCAAGCUGUCUCAC